AUGUUUGGCUUUGCAAAGAAGUUAGUCAGUACAAUAGAAUCACAGCUUUCUAAUGAAAGCAUCAUACAUCAAAACGCUGAAAUUGAUGAAUCACGCCAAGGAUUGCGUAUACUAUCAGUCAAACCAGAUUCCAUAGGAGCAAAAUGCGGUUUUGAGUCAUGGUUCGACUUUAUAUUGAGGAUGAAUGGUAAUGAUAUCAACGCCUAUUUGCAAAUCAACCAUCAAACGGGUUCGGUUAAUUAUGAAAACUUCUUUGGUUACAUCAGACACGAAGUUGAAGUGGCCAACAAUAACAUAACUUUCACAGUUUUCUCAUCAAAAGGCUCUAUCAUAAGAGACGUUGUGGUUACUCCACAAGAAGUCAAAGACGCAAUUUCUCGAUCAUUGAAUUCAUUUAAUGAAAUUAGUCUGGAUGAAAACCAAGCAUCGGAAAACGCACUACCAUGGAGCCCCAAUUUAGGUAUAUCUUUCCAGCUAACCCCCAUAAAGGCUGGUUUUUAUACCUGGCAUGUGUUGAAAGUACAUCCAAAAUCUCCAGCAUAUAUUUCAGGUAUAUACCCUGGGGAAUACAUCCUGCAGGCUCAAGAUGGGCUACUUGCAACAGGGGGUGAAGAUUUGUUAUCUAAAGUCUUGCAGGGCCAAUAUGCCAAGAAUGGUGAUGGCUGUGAGCUCUUAUUGUACGUCUACAAUUAUGAUUCCGAUAGUGUUAGACCUGUUACAGUAGUUUUAAGAUCAGGCACAAUAUGGGGCGGAAGGGGUGUGCUAGGUUGUGACAUUGGUUAUGGACUUUUACAUCGUAUUCCUGAAGUUUUUGGUAAAUUUGAGAGUACCCUGGAAGCCAAGGAUGUGCUAGCGCAAGAUAAUGUGGUCAAUGGGAACAUAGUUCCAGAGGUUCCGUUAACGCAACCCCCUGAAUUUUUGCCUAGAAAAGUAACUGCUCCUAACUUUGUCAGUGAAGGUGAAGGGGAUUCAAUUGAACAAGCCGCUCGUACUGCAUUUGCGAGUAGGAAACGUAAUCUAAACAAACAUGCUGCAGUGAAUCUAGAAGCUUAUUUCGAUGAACAGACUAAAUUGAAUGAUAAUAACUCUACCGCAAAAACGUCAGAGAAUUCUUCAGCACAUACGGGACUACCACCGCCACCACCACCACCUCCAAAAAAAGUAUGA